AUGCCCAAGGAAUCCCAAGCCUCAAAUAGUCAGCCUAGUACCGCAGAAGAAUACUCUGUUCUUCCCCUACACUUUGUCAAAGCUAUCACCAGAAGACUUGCGCUGCGGGCCAGGACUGGGUCCAGGACUGGGUCCAGGAAUACUUUCAGAACUACUGACGGGCCAGCACUCGGAACUACAUCAAUCAUGCGUACAGGCAUUGACCGCGAUCUCCGGACGGACAUCAGCAACUCAAAUACCGAAAUGGGUACCCUAAUGAGUAUCAUGUGUCUUUGUGUGUACGAAAACGUCGUGUUUUCUCAACCGACUGCUUGGCUGCUUCAUUAUGAUGGUCUAGGGAGAUUGAUGCAAGCGCGAGGCCCAAAACCGUGGAGAACGCCAGCAGAAAGGCAAAUACUGCAAGCGGCACGGUACUACAUUACUCUCUCCGCUGGUCAUCAACGCCGCCAUUGUUUCCUCGACCAGCCGCAAUGGGAGAGCACAAGAUGCCUCCCGGAAGGUGAAACUCCAGAUAAGAUCGAUAUCCUGUACGACAUCUUCGCUCAGCCGCCUGGGAUCAUUGCGGAUUACGACAAUAUACGGAAGGCGAGUGUGACGGACCCUGUUGCAGUUGAAGUUCUGCGGAACAGGACACAAUCGCUCAUCGACAAACUGCAUGAAUGGUACCGCGACAUGCCAUGGGUAUGUACCACUGAUCCAACCAUGAGAGAGCACAGUGGCAUCCCCCUUCCGGAUGACCCCAUGGAAUGUGUCGCUCUCGCAAUCAGCUACGCCAUGCUUUUAUGUCUUGUCCAGCCUUGUGAAUACCUGGGUAUCUCGCUCUUUCCGGAGAGCAGUAUGGAGGCGACAAGCAAUAUCGAUCAAAACUCGAAAAACAAGUUCUUGGCCCUGGAGAUCUGUCGCUUCGCAAACUGGGCACUUCGUGGUCAAGCUUCGGCGAGCUACGCCUUGCUGUUAGUGUAUCCACUUCAAAUAGCAUGGUUCUGCGUGCAGAAUAGUGAGGAGGACCUCCGCAAUGUUAGAGUCAUAAUGAACUCGGUUGUUGCGGAUUCGUAUGGCUUUGAGUUGGGGAGGAUGAGGCAUUGGGAUGAGACUAGUCUGGAUCAAGGCCGGUAUGGCUUUUUGUAUUAA